UUUCACACCAUGAUGCAGACGUUAGUUUUAACUGUAGCUUCAUUGACUCUGUAUCGGCCGGUUGGGACUCUGUGUCAUUCUCCUCCUUCGAGACUGAUGAGGGGGAGCCUGCCUACUGUGUGCCCCCUCAGGAAGGAAGUGUGUUGCUGGCUCCUGGAUCUGGCUUUCAGGAAUUGAACUCGCGGUGCAACUAUUUCCCAGUGGAGCACUUGGAGGCGAACAGUGAGGACACUGUGCAGCCGUUGACCAUUCCUCGCACCUCCAGCAUUGUCAAGGCUCAUCGACCCUCGGUCUCGUUUGCUGAAGGCACCAAGUUUGGGCCCGAGCUGAGACGGGGCUCAAUGCCCGAGAGCAGGGCCAUCCCUGCGGCUAAUGCCCAGAGGAAAAGGAAGCUGUCCUGGACGCUCAGUAAAUUAUCAGCCAUUGUGUCAGAGCCUGGGCAGAGUGACUGCCUCCCUGCAGGAUGCCAGCCUCACCAGCGUACCAGUUUCCCUGGUGUUGUCUACCCUGAGAGUGGUGCCCACUCCUGCCCCAGCGAGACCUCUCCCAGGGUAGGUGCUGGAGAGGACAGGAGCCCCUCCACCACGGACAUCAGAGACCCUCGGGAUUCAGAGCCAAGGGGCUCCCUGCUGACACCAGCUGAUGCCCAGGUUGGGCACAGCAGCCAGAAGCUACCAAUGGGGAAGGCCCAGCGCUCCUCCAGGAUCUGGGCCAGCACCGUGGAAGGGGUGGGAGUUGGGACGGUGCAGGCAAUGCUGAGAAGGUUUGGAAGCUUCCAGAGACAGCGUGCGGCUCCCCGGGAGGAAACGGGUCCCCGAACCCGGGGAGAGAACGUCUCCAAGAUGCAGCGCAGGUUGCAGAAGAAACUCGAGCCAAGACCAUCAGAGAGUGAGGCCACUUCUCCCGAUGACCCCUGCCCCUCGGCCACCCAGCAAGGCCCAGCAGGAAGUAAUGGCACCCUGACCAAAAAGGCACUGAUCCCAACCACACCCAUCCUCCACAAACUGGUGGCCAAUGUCGCAGAGGACACAGACAGACGGCUGGACGUGGUGCCCCCCUCCAGCCAGUCGGAGCCUCCCCCUCAGCAGGACCAUGAAACCCCAGAAAGCAAUCAGCUGCCCAGUCCGAACGCUCUGUAAUGGAAACCCAGAGACAGAGACCUGCUGUGAGAAACAGAGAGAGAGAAGGGGGGUUCACACUGACCCAGAAGGGGGGGGCAAACAGCGCCCAAUCUCCCCUGG